CGUUGCCGGAGUCUGCCGCGGCUCUAGCCCUCUGAGGUGCCCUUGCCGGGAAGGCGGGGCGAUGCCGGGGAACCGGCAGCCAAGGGUCCGCUCCGGGAACGAGCCUGGUCCCGCGCCCAGUAUGGAGCCGGAGGGGCGCGGGGCCUGGGCCCACAGCCGCGCCGCGCUCGACCGGCUGGAGAAGCUGCUACGCUGCUCGCGUUGCACUCAUAUUCUGAGGGAGCCUGUGUGUUUAGGGGGGUGUGAGCACAUCUUCUGUAGUAAUUGUGUAAGUGACUGCAUUGGAACCGGAUGUCCAGUGUGUUACACCCCAGCCUGGAUACAAGAUGUGAAGAUAAAUAGACAAUUGGACAGCAUGAUCCAGCUUUGUAGUAAGCUUCGGAAUUUGCUACAUGACGAUAAGCUUUCAGAUUCGGAAGAAGACACAUCUAGGGGAAAUUUAUUUAAUGAUGCAGAAAAUAAGAAGAAAUCAAUAAAAAUGUGGUUCAGUCCUCGAAGUAAGAAGGUGCGAUACGUCGUGAGUAAAGUUUCAGUGCAAACGCAUCCUCAGGUGAUAAAUGUUGAGGGCGCUCGGCAGGCCUCCAUGUACGAAUUUGUUUCUUCAAGUCCCCCAACAAGUGUUUCUGAGAGGGCUAAAAAGGCUUCUACAAGAUCUAGAAAAAAACAAAAAAAGAAAACUUUAGCUGAAAUCAACCAAGAAUGGAACUUAGAGGCAGAGAAAGAAGAUGGUGAACUUGACUCCAAAGAGGAGUUGAAGGAGAAGCUGGUGUCUUUCUGCAGCCAGCCAUCUGUCAUCGCUAGUCCUCGGACAAAUGGCGAGAUAGAUUUACUUGCCAGUGGCUCUGUUGGGGAAUCGCAGGGUUGCGGCAGCUUCACUGAAGUCUCUUUACCGUUGGCUGAGCACAUAGACUCUCCAGAAACGGAGGGCAGGAGUGAAGAUGUGACUCCCGAGAAGAAGCUCUGUGAGAAUCCUCGUGCGUCAGGUCCCAGUGGGCGACGUGGCCGUCGCAGCGGACCGUCCAGUCCCGUCCCUAAGCGAUGCAGGAGCAGCAUUCCUGGCACCAGCAGACAGCACAUAGCGCUUGCAGACAACAAACCGUUGCCUGGCUGCUCCUCACCACCCUCGAGCAAACUCAAAGUUGGUGACACCCUGAGGAGGAAAGACAGUAAUGUAUCAGAUGAGUCCAUGAGCCUCUCCCCAGGUACACCACCGUCCGCACUGAACAGCCCGAGUUACAGACGGAUGAUGUCCAGCCCCUCAGCAGCAAAGCUGUCACCCACUAGCCUUCUGGCUGUGAAAAGAAAUCAUAGAGGAGAGACUCUGCUUCAUAUUGCUUCAAUUAAGGGCGACAUACCUUCUGUUGAGUACCUCUUACAAAAUGGAAGUGACCCAAAUGUUAAAGACCAUGCUGGAUGGACACCAUUGCAUGAAGCCUGCAAUCAUGGGCACUUGAAGGUAGUGGAGUUGUUGCUACAGCAUAAGGCAUUGGUGAACACCACUGGCUAUCAGAAUGACUCACCGCUUCAUGAUGCUGCUAAGAACGGGCACUUGGAUAUAGUCAAGCUCUUACUUUCCUACGGAGCCUCCAGGAACGCUGUUAACAUAUUUGGUUUGCGGCCUGUGGAUUAUGCAGACGGUGAAAAUAUGAAAUCACUAUUGUUGCUACCAGAGAAGAAUGACUCAUCAUCCACUCGCCAUUGCUCGGUAACGAAUACUGGUCAGCGUAGGGAUGGACCUCUUGUGCUUAUAGGCAGUGGGCUUUCUUCAGAACAACAAAAAAUGCUCAGCGAGCUUGCAGCAACUCUUAAGGCUAAAAAAUGUGCUGAAUUUGACAAUACAGUGACUCAUGUCAUUGUUCCUGGGGAUACAGUUCAAAGUACCCUAAAAUGUAUGCUUGGGAUUCUCAAUGGAUGUUGGAUCUUAAAAUUUGAAUGGGUGAAAGCAUGUCUCCAGAGAAAAGCAUGUGAACGGGAGGAAAAAUACGAGAUUCCUGAAGGACCGCAGCGAAGCAGGCUCAACAAGGAGCAGCUGUUGCCAAAGCUGUUUGAUGGAUGCUACUUCUAUUUUGGGGGAACCUUCAAACACCAUCCAAAGGAUAACCUUAUUAAGCUUGUCGCUGCAGCUGGGGGCCAGGUCCUCAGUAGAAAGCCCAAGCCAGACAGUGACGUGACUCAGACCAUCAAUACGGUUGCAUAUCACGCGAGACCGGACUCCGAUCAGCGCUUCUGCACACAGUAUAUCAUCUAUGAAGAUUUGUCUAAUCAUCGCCCAGAGAGGGUUCGGCAGGGCAAAGUCUGGAUGGCUCCUUCCAGCUGGUUUAUCGAUUGUGUGAUGUCCUUUGAGCUGCUCCCUCUUGACAGCUGAAUAUUGCACCAGAUGAACGUUUCAGAUUGAACUCACAUGGUGCGAGAACGCAGCCAUUGGCACUGUUUUGAUCAUUCAGGUUUUUAUAAAUAGGUAGACUCGUUCAUACAUACUUUUUCCUUGAAUUAAAAAACAAAAGAAAACAAAACUUAACACGCCAGAAUUGGAAUUCAUUCUGUGUUUACCAUUUAGAUGCUGAGAUUGCUUUGAAGGAUUUUUCUUUUUAAAACUGGUGUAUGUUUUGAUUCAUCAUGUCUUUUUAUUCAAAUAAUCAGCUAUCAAAGAUUAAUGAGAGAGUACCAGAACUAUUGGUUAAAAUACAAGCAGUAUCGUUACUGUCUCAGCCUUUUAAUGUUCUUUGAUGAAAACAGUCCACGCUUGCCAUGAGCAAAAGUAUUUGCCAUCCUUAGUAAACAAAGAAUAUUGUCAAAUAACUGAUUCUGGCUUUAUUGUAGUAGAGUACCUGGUCUGAAUGUACCACCAUAGGUGUUAAAUUCUUCUGUCUACAACUGUCUUCAUCUUGUGUUGUGUUUAGUUUCUUAAAAUUUAUGUGGAUGUCAGUUCCUACGUUUUUAUCGCUUUUUAUCUUACGUAGUCAUCAAGAAAUCAUGAUUUAAACCAUAGCAUUUUUCCUUGGUGGUGAAAAUCAACAUUGGAUUCGUGGUACCUAUUUUUAUUGUAUAUACUUGCUUACAGUUAAUUAUCAAUUUGUGACUGUGUUUAUUAUCUACAGUAUAUGUAUAUAUACGUAGAGCAUUUUCUCUAACACAUUUUAGUAUCCGUAUUCCUUAGGUCUCACCAGAUUAGUAAAUUGUCAAUCAGAUGUUAAUUAAAUUAGGGCCAGUCCUUUUGCUGGUAGACCUCACUGCAUAUUGCUAAAAUAAUUGUUUUGGAAGGUCUUAAUUUCUUCUUUUGUGAAGCUUUUUAUUUUCCAUUUUUAGAUUGCUGUGGAGGCAGAAAUUGGGGAUUAUCUGAUUAGAACAGAUUUUGCCCAGGUGGUACAAAAGGCUCUCACGAUAAGUCUAAACGCAGGAGUAGGAAGGGCUCCU